AUGCUGACUAACACGUCGGAUGAGAUCGCCAGCGUGACGCUGCAUCAGAAGCGUCCUAUCCAGUACCAUGUGUAUGCUUUGCCGUUCCUGUCGCUGUACCCUGUACUGCUCUACGCCUACUACGUCAAGUACGACGAGUGGCUCAAGUCGGAGGAGUGGACGUUCAUGUACACGGUGCUGCUCCUUUCGCUGCAUGCUCUGAGCUACCUCGUGACGCACUGGGAUGUGCGCGCCAAGGCGCUCAUCACAGCCACCUCGGUGUCGGCUCUCGACAUGGCCGACUGCGUGCGAGUCCUGCCGCACCCCCACAAGGGCGACGGCGAGAUGCUGCCGCUGACGCGUGUAGUGCGCGAGGGUGAGCGCGACGAGUACUCGUUUGUGUACCAGGCAGACAAGUACGUGCUUGCGUUUCCCGAUUCACAGGCGCCGACGACCUCGAUCACGUCGUCGCCGGACAUUCGCGAGCGCACGUUCCGCCGCGUGUUGUACCCGGCGGAUGCACGCAUGCCGCUGAGUGAAUUCCAGACGAACACCGGACUUGGUGGUGCGGCGCUGGCGCGUGCGCAGCGUAUCUACGGUGGUAACGUGCUCAACAUCCCCGUGCCGCAGUUCCUCGAUCUGUUCAUCCAGCAUGCCGUCGCGCCGUUCUUUGUGUUUCAGAUCUUCUGUGUGGGCCUGUGGCUGCUUGACGAGUACUGGUUCAGCUCGCUCAUCUCACUCUUUGGUCUUGUCGCGUUCGAGUGCACAGUCGUGUUUCAGCGCCUGCGAACGCUCAACGAGUUCCGCACCAUGUCGAUUCAGCCAUUCCAAAUUCAUGUGUUCCGCAACGGCAAAUGGACCGAAAUCUCCACGUCGGAGCUCGUGCCGAACGAUGUGGUGAGUGUGACGCGUACCAAGCCGGACUCGGCGCUCCCGUGCGACAUGCUUCUGCUCUCCGGCUCGUCGAUUGUCAACGAGGCGAUGCUGUCAGGUGAGAGCACGCCGCUACUCAAGGAGGGCAUCACGCAGCGCAACGGGACCGACAUCCUGGAUGACCAGGGCGCUGACAAGCUGCACUGCCUCUUUGGCGGUACCAAGGCGCUGCAGGUGUCGCCCGGCGACACAGUGCGUGGCAUUCCAUCGCCGCCUGACCAUGGCGCGCUGGCUGUCGUGCUGCGUACCGGGUUUGGCACAACGCAGGGCCGCCUCAUCCGCCUCAUGGUGUACACGAACGAGAACCAAGUCACUGCGAACAACUGGGAGAGCUUUGUGUUCAUUGCGUUUUUGCUCGUAUUUGCGAUCGCUGCAAGUGCAUAUGUGUGGAUCAAUGGCCUCAAGAUGCAGCGUCCCAAGGGGAAGCUACUGCUCGACUGCGUGCUGAUCAUCACCUCGGUCGUGCCGCCGGAGCUGCCGAUGGAGCUGUCGAUGGCCGUCAAUGCCUCGCUCGUGGCCCUGUCGAAGUAUGCCAUUUUCUGCACGGAACCCUUCCGUAUCCCGUACGCAGGUCGCGUCGAUGUCUGCUGCUUUGACAAGACCGGCACCAUCACUGGUGAGGACCUCGAAGUGCAGGGCCUCGUGGGCACAGACGCUCAGGGCACAGACGCGCUCGACGACACGCUGGUGGCGAUGUCCCAGGCAUCGGAGCAAGCGGCGCUUGUGGUCGCUGCUGCGCAUGCACUCGUGAUUGUCGACGACGAGGUGGUGGGUGACCCGAUGGAGCGACGCGCCCUCGAUGCGCUUGGCUGGGUCGUCCAGCCGGGCGACCGAGUCGUGCCGGGACCGGACCAAAAAGGGCCGUCAGUGCACAUCUGCACGCGCUUCCACUUCUCUUCGGCGCUUAAGCGCAUGUCGUCGGUGAGCCAGGUAUCGUCGCGCAAGCAGCUGCUGGGCGCCACGAAAGGCGCGCCGGAGGUACUCAAGCCCAUGUUUUCGCAGCUGCCGUCGAACUACGACGCAGUGUACCGCCACUACACGCGCCGCGGAAGCCGCGUGAUUGCACUGGGUUACCGCUGGCUCGACAUGGACGUGGCCAAGGCACGCACACUGAAGCGUGAGCAGGUUGAGGCCGAGCUCACGUUUGCUGGAUUCCUUAUUCUGCACUGCCCACUGAAACCGGAUGCCGUGGAGUCAGUGCGCCAGCUGAACGAAUCGUCGCACCGCUGCGUGAUGAUCACCGGUGACCAUGCGCUGACGGCAAUCCACGUCGCGGAGGAGGUCGAGAUGGUGGUGCGUGAGCCGAUCGUGCUCGACCGUCGCGAGGGCGGCCGGGAGGAUGAACUGGUGUGGCGCGAUGUCGACGACCGCAUUGUGCGCGAGCAGCCGCUGGAAGCUGAACUGCACCGCCACCUGUUCGACGAGUAUGAUGUGUGUGUGACGGGCGCGGCGCUGCGCCAAUUGGAGGAGCGUCCCGAGGCACUGCGUGAGCUGGUGGCCAAUACGGUGGUGUACGCACGUGUGUCGCCGAACCAGAAGGAGCUGAUUUUGAGUGUGCUGCGCUCGCUGGGCUACAUUACACUCAUGGCCGGAGACGGCACGAACGAUGUGGGUGCGCUCAAGAUGGCCAACAUUGGCGUGGCGCUUCUGGACGGCUCAGAAGAGGACUUGAAGAAGAUGGCGGAGCAUCAGCGUUUGGAGCGGAUGAAGAAAGCGUACGAGUCGCAGCUGAACUUGAUGGCGCGCUGGAACCAGCCGCCGCCGCCGGUGCCUCCGGCACUCAAGACGGCGUUCCCCCAGCUGGAGGAGGCGCGCGCCAAGGCGGCGCGCAAGAUGCAGUCGCAGCGCGCGGCGAACCCGGUGGCCAAGUUUGAUCUGUCGUCGAUCACCUCGACGAUGGAGUCGCUCGACGAGGACGAUGGGCCGCCGCAGAUCCGUCUCGGCGAUGCCAGCGUCGCCGCACCGUUUACCAGCAAGCUGGCGAAUGUCAAGGCUGUGUGCUCGAUCAUCCGCCAGGGCCGCUGCACGCUCGUUGCUACGAUCCAGAUGUACAAGAUCCUUGCACUGAACUGUUUGAUCCAGGCUUACUCGCUGUCCGUGCUGUACCUGGACGGUAUCAAGAUGGGCGACUACCAGCUGGCUGUGAGUGGCAUGUUGAUCUCGGUGUGCUUCUACUGCAUCAGCCGUGGCAAGCCCCUCGACCGACUGGCACCUGAGCGCCCGGUAAACAACAUUAUCAAUGUCUAUGUGUUUGGCUCUAUUAUGACGCAGACUUUCCUUCACAUUGCUACCAUGUUGUACAUUCAGCGCACGUCGGUCGCGUUUGAGCACCCGGGUGAGGUCGAUCUCGAGGCCAAAUACACGCCGACGCUGCUCAACUCGGGCGUGUAUCUGCUGAGUCUGUCGCAGACCGUCUCGACUUUUGCCGUGAACUACAUUGGCCGCCCGUGGCGCGAGAGCAUCCCGGAAAACAAGGCGCUGUACUGGGGCCUGAUUGGAGCAAGUGCAAUUGCAUACCUCGGUGCGCUGGAGCUCAUGCCAGAGCUCAACGAGUGGCUGCAGCUGACCAAGAUGUCGUCAGAGUACCAGACGCUGCUCGUCAGCGCCAUGGCGCUCGACUUUGUCGGCUCGUACGCCCUCGAGGCCUUCUGGAAGCUGUUCGCUGACGUGCGUCCCAAGCCGCUGAUCCUGCAAGGGCAGAAGCUGCGUGAGUCGCGGCGCGUGCAGGCCAAGCAGCAGUAA